AUGGUUGGAUUUCUAAUCAAUAUUUUUAUUGUUUUAAUAUCUUUCCAUCAUAUCAAGGCAAAUGAUGCCAAUUAUAAGGCUAAAAUUUAUGAAAUAGUUGGACACUAUUUACGCAACCAUGAAUUUUCAAAGAAGCGAAUGUAUGGGAAUUCGCCUGGCUACUACCCAAAUUCAAAUAAAAUUGGGUUGGGUUUUAAUCCUCUCAACGGCAGUCCAGGAUGUUAUACAGGUGAAUAUCAAAUGGAAGGAUUGGGUCAUCCAGUAUUCAAACUCGAAUAUCAGUGUCCUUUACCUUUUGUCUGCACAAAUAAACGGAUACCAAAGUUUGUAUCCCUCGACUGUCUACCGUCAACUGUAACAAGUGCCAAAACUGAAGUUAUUAGUACAUUAAAACAACUGUAUGAAAGUAUUUCAAGUAAAGUUGAAGUCUCCGUUGGUCUCUCUUAUAAAGAACUUUUAUUCAGUUAUACAAAUUCAAAAGAGACAAGUUAUAUGGUUGAUAAUAUUGUGCAAAAUGAUAUGGCAUUAUUGUCUACAUCAGCACAAGUAUCUGUAGUUAAGUUAUCUAUGUGCGAACCACUCAUGAAACUAUCUGAUACAUUUCGAUUUGUAAUUGAAAAUUUACCGUGCUGCGAUGAUACAGACGAUGAUUGGGAGACUGAAAAAUAUGUUCGAGAUUACAUACUUGACUAUUACGGUUAUACUUUCGUGUCAACAUUAUUACUAGGCGGUAUAGUACAACAUAAUAUUUUUAUGAAAACUGAAUCUUAUAAACAACUUGAAUCGCGAAAUGUUUCUGUACAGAGUGCAGCUACAGUUGCAUUCUAUGUUUCACUUGGCGUCUCGGUUGAAAAUUUACAAUCAAAUGCUGAACAGGAGGAGUUUAAGAAGGAAGUUCGACUUAGUUAUGGUACAAAACUUGGUGGCGAUCCAUUAAUAUUGGAUAUAAACGAAUGGGCAGAAACUGUACCGUCAGAUCCUAUUAUAACUAAAUUUGGCAUAAGAGAAAUAUUUGAUUUAUUAACCAUACGUCGUUUUCCUAAGGAUCUUCAAAUACAAAAUAAAUCAAAGUUAAUUAAAAAAAUAUUACAGAAAUAUAUUCAACAGCCAUUGUACUGCUAUAAUAAUUGUACAAAUUCAUUCCAGGGUACAUGCGAAUCGUCCGGUUAUUUUCAAUUUGGUACUUGUAAAUGUAAUGAAAACUGGACAGGUAUUGAUUGUUCGGUCAAUAUUUCAUCGACAAAACCUAAAAUAGUUCAUGAAGAUGUGUUGAGUGGUACACUGUGUGGAUAUGAUAGAUCUUAUAUAUUUGUGAAGUGUGACGGUCACCGACCAUCGAAUGGAUGUCCUCAGGGUUGGAUUCCACAAACAUGGAUUGGUGCUGAUUUUACUGUUUGUUAUAUAGCUAAUACAUCGAAAAGUAACUCAAGUAUUUUUGGAGGCCUAUGCGGUCUUUAUAAUUCUGGAGGUCAACAGUCCGUUCAGAUUUUAUGUAAUUAUACUUUAGAUGGUGCGUGUCCCAAUUACUCUCAAUCAGGGUAUUUCUCAGUACAUGGUUCGUCGUCUGUUAACGGAGUUUCCCAACAGACCACUAAAUUGUGUGUCAAGUUGAUUUCAAAUUACCCAGACUUACCAGGCACACUAUGUGGUAUACAGUGGGCACAAACAAUUGAUGGACCUGCAUGUGAUGGUUAUAAUCCUGGACUCUCUCAGUGCCCACCUGGAUAUGCAGUUCAAUUGUGGGUCUUAGAAACAGGUGGUCGGUUUCAUCUGUGUGCUAAACAAUGA